GAACAAGCUUUCUCUUCCUCAAAAGGUCAAAACCCAGUAAACGACGUCGUAUCUGUACAUCACCUUCUCUGUGAAUUGUGAUUCCGAUCAUCAUGGCGGCGAACGAGAACGAACCGGCAAAGCUGCUGCUACCAUACCUUCAACGCGCCGAUGAGUUGCAGAAGCACGAACCUCUCGUCGCUUAUUACUGUCGAUUAUAUGCGAUGGAACGCGGGUUGAAGAUUCCACAGAGUGAUCGCACCAAGACCACUAAUGCUCUUCUUGUUUCGCUCAUGAAACAGCUCGAAAAGGAUAAAAAGUCAAUCCAGUUGGGGCCUGAAGACAAUUUAUAUCUUGAGGGAUUUGCUUUGAAUGUGUUUGGAAAAGCAGACAAGCAAGAUCGUGCUGGGAGAGCAGAUUUAAGUACAGCCAAAACAUUUUAUGCUGCUAGCAUAUUUUUUGAGAUUCUUAAUCAAUUUGGAGCAGUUCAGCCUGAUCUGGAGCAGAAACAGAAAUAUGCAGUGUGGAAAGCAGCUGAUAUAAGAAAAGCUUUGAAAGAAGGAAGGAAGCCCGUGGCUGGCCCACCCGAUGGUGAUGAGGACCUAUCAGUUCCAUCGAGCACUCCUAGUAAUAGAUAUGAUCUUGGGACUACUGAAACUACUGUUACGAGUCCUGGACCCGAGUCUGAUUCAACACAUAGUUAUCACAACCCUGUCAACCACGAGAAUCUGCCAAGCAUACAUCCUUCACCCAAAUUUCACGAUACUGUUAAUGAUCAGCAUUCCGCAAACAUUCCACCUUCUAUGCAGUUUCAUGAUAUAUUGGAUAGUAACAAGCAUUCUCCUACUGUUUCUCCAUCAUCUCACUCAUACACACCUGGAGAUUAUCCUUCCCAUGAUUACCAUCCUCCUCCACCUUCCCAUGAAUACCAUCCUCCUCCACCUUCCCAAGAUUAUCCUCCAUCUUCCCAAGACUACCAUGCUCGUCCACCUUCCCAAGAUUAUCCUCCAUCUUCCCAAGAUUACCAUGCUCGUCCUCCUUCCCAAGAUUAUCCUCCUCCACCUUCCCAAGAUUACCAGCAUCCUCCACCUGAGCUGUACAACCAUCCGCAAUAUUCACCAGAGCACUCACAACAUAUAGGUCCUAGCUACCCUUCUCAUGAAACUCCUUCGCCUUAUUCAUAUCCCAAUUUUCAAUCUUAUCCGAGUUUUUCAGAAAGCAGUCUACCAUCAGCCCCAUCAAACUAUACUCAUUAUCAAGGGUCAGAUGCUUCAAAUUCUUUCCAGUCAACUCCCCAAACUACAAAUCCUCCAUCAAGUGCUCAACACAGUUCCGGCACCAGAAAUGGAAAUGUCUCGGAGCCUAAGUCAACUGCUCAGACAUACCAGUACGACAGUAGCUAUCAGCCGGCACCUGAAAGAAUUGCAGAGGCACACAAGGCUGCAAGAUUUGCUGUUGGGGCACUAGCGUUUGACGAUGUCUCGAUUGCAGUAGACUACCUGAGGAAAUCACUCGAGUUGCUGACAAACCCAUCCGCUGGACAGUAAAAUUUAAUGUAAAAACCUUGGGUGAUUUCCAUGGUUUUUGACUGUUUUAACUAUUUUUUGCAUGUCUUGUUUUGUAAAAUAUUAUAUUGAUCAUGCAUGCGUGGAGAGAUUCAUGACUUGAAUGGAAAUCACAAAAUAUGUUUGGAGUGUGCUCUUUCUCAUUCCUUAACUGAGAGUUGUCUGUUUGUCAAGUGACUUUGAUAUAAAUAAGAUGUCUGCUUGGAAGUGUUUUUCUUGUUAA